UCCAGCCCGUCCUAGAGGCCGCUGAGGUCGUUCGAGUCUGUUGAACGGCUUGUGGAAGUCGUGCUGCCUUGGGUAGGGGUUUAAAAUCGUUCUUGAGAGGAACAUCUCUGUCCGAAGAGAAAAUGAGUUUAGCUCUGAGAAGUGAACUUGUAGUUGACAAAACAAAAAGAAAAAAAAGAAGAGAACUUUCUGAGGAACAGAAGCAAGAAAUUAAAGAUGCUUUUGAGCUAUUUGAUACAGACAAAGAUGAAGCAAUAGAUUAUCAUGAAUUAAAGGUGGCAAUGAGAGCCUUGGGGUUUGAUGUAAAAAAAGCUGAUGUACUGAAGAUUCUUAAAGAUUAUGACCGAGAAGCCACAGGGAAAAUCACCUUUGAAGAUUUUAAUGAAGUUGUGACAGACUGGAUAUUGGAAAGAGAUCCACAUGAAGAAAUACUGAAGGCAUUUAAACUAUUUGAUGAUGAUGAUUCAGGUAAAAUAAGCUUGAGGAAUUUGCGACGAGUUGCAAGAGAAUUGGGUGAAAAUAUGAGUGAUGAAGAACUUCGGGCUAUGAUAGAAGAGUUUGAUAAAGAUGGUGAUGGAGAAAUAAAUCAAGAGGAGUUCAUUGCUAUCAUGACUGGUGACAUAUAAAGAAUUACAAGGAUAAACACUAAGAAUGUUGAAAUUACCAUAUUACAUUCUAUUUUUUUGUGCCUGGAGCAAUGUUAAAAAAGAAACCUACUUAAGUUCUUAUUCCCAGAAGGACCAACAUUAAGCAUCUUCUGUAUUUAUGUUUUAUUGUUAACUUUCUUUGUAUGAGCAUUGUUUAACUUUGUAUUCAUAAUAUAGGUUUCUAUAAAAUUUUUAAAAAUCAAA